GUAGCAUUUCCGCGUCUUUCUAUUUCUCGAAAGUUGAGCUUAUACGAAAAGGAGAGAGAAAGAAUGUUAAAGAAUGAAAAAAAGGGGUGAGUGUGCGACUGUGUGUACUUAACCCAACAACUACAUUAACAUUUCAAGUGUUUCCCAGUAGCUGCUGCACUGCUUACUGCUACUGAUGCAACCCCCAAAGUACAACCAAACUGAUCAUCCCCACACAAACAAGAAACCCACUUGAGUUCAAUCUCUCUGCUUUAUUUCUCUCCCAGAUUCUUUCAGGAUCAAGAAAAUCUUGAAUUCUUGAAUCACAGGAAGCUAUGAAUAACUCCCUUUUUUAUUUUGCUUUACUCACCCUUGUCCUCACUAGCUAUACUCUUCUGUUUCAAGCUGACGCUGCCCCUCCUGCUGCCCCUGUAAUAAAGCACUUGUCUUCUCUCCUCAAAUGGACUACUGCCAGGUCUUCAUCCAAAACCCCCCAAUCAGAUGAGGAUGUUCUUCAAUUUGAAGAUGGUUACCUAGUUGAGACUGUAGUCGAAGGGAAUGAGUUGGGAGUAAUGCCCUACUCAAUCCGUGUUUCGCAGGAUGGAGAGUUGUUUGCUGUUGAUGAGAUUAAUAGCAACAUUGUCAAAAUUACUCCCCCUUUGUCCCACUAUAGUAGGGCAAGAUUAGUUGCUGGAUCAUUUCAAGGUUAUACUGGGCAUGUUGAUGGCAAAGCAAAUGAUGCUCGUUUUAAUCAUCCGCGAGGGGUGACCAUGGAUGACAAAGGCAAUGUAUAUGUAGCUGAUACAGCCAACCUUGCCAUAAGAAAGAUAGGAGAUGCAGGCGUAACUACUAUUGCUGGAGGAAAGUCAAAUGUAGCAGGGUACAGGGAUGGGCCAAGUGAGGAUGCAAAGUUCUCUGCUGAUUUCGAUGUGGUAUAUCUGCGACCUACCUGUUCAUUGUUGGUUAUCGACCGAGGGAAUGCUGCUCUUCGACAAAUUUCCCUCAACCAGGAUGACUGUGAUCAACAGUACAGUUCUGUUUCUUUAGAAGAUAUCUUUUUGGUAGUCGGUGCUGUCAUAAUAGGAUAUACUAUAUGCAUGAUUCAGCAGGGUUUUGGACAGUCAUUUCUCUCCCGCAUGCAACGGCCUAAAGUGAAAAAGCCUCAAGAACUAGUGGGCAAGGAGAAAGCCACUCCUAUAGUGGAAAUCCUCAAAGAGGAACCAGAAGCAGGAUGGCCAUCAUUCGGGCAGCUGCUAGUUGAUUUGUCGAAGCUUGCUCUUGAUGCCUUCGCUGGUGGAGUUAUUCAGCUUACACCUUUAAACUUCUGGCGCAGAAGUUCAACAAAUAACCUCACUCCCCUAAAAGACACUCUUGUAAUGCCUGAAGAUACUGCUGAGCCCCCAUUAGUUCAAAAGCAUAGAGCUCCUGCUCCUCUCUCUGAUAUCCGACAAACUUAUACCCAAAUUCCCAGCGAUAAAUAUUCAGAAGUGAAGCCCCCUAAACUGAGAUCAUCCAGCUUUAAAGACCCAUCUUUGUCAACCAAGCACAGAUCAUCCAAGAGACAAGAAUAUGCAGAGUUCUACGGACCUAACGACGUUCCAACUCCUCACGUGCGGUCCAAGAGUCAGAAAGAUAGAACAAAGCAUCGUCAACGUGAGAAAAGCGGAGAGGUAGGGUACGGAGUAGCAGGGGUAGAACAUAAACAGGCAGCUGAUAUGAAGCCAGUGAAUUACGAUGAAGCGAAGUUUGGCCACUAUGGUUCGAGGAAUAAGUAUGGAGAUUCAUAUCAGUUUUGAUUAGGCUGCAAUUUGAAUUGUGUUUAGGACAUCCCUCUGGAGAUAGAGCUCAAGUACACUCUCUUUAAAGCUGCUUUAGCUCUGUUAUUGCUACUGUAUUUAUGCUAAGCUUAACCCUGCUUGUAAGAAUUGUGUCCAGGCUCCAGCUAUAACCAAUCUUCAUAAUGAGAGAGUGCAUGCUUGUCUUAAAAAAAGAA